ACACACACACACACACACAAUCAGACACACGAGUCUUUCAGAGCACAACGCUGUCUGUACACUUUUAUGUCUAAAAGAGAAGCGAGCUUAACAGCUGUAACUGGACAUCACUGAAAGAUGUGUGUGUUUUGUAGAUUCUGGUUGUUUCGGUGAAAUUUUACUUUCACUUUAGAUUUCUCCACCCGAGACACGAAAUGGCGUCGGGAGAAGUGUCAGAACUGAGGAUUGUUCUGUUGGGGAAAAGUCCCUCACAUACCAGCAGUUUGGGAAACCUCAUCCUGGGCAAUUCUGUGUUUGAGACUGAAGAUUCUCCACAUUUAGUAAAGCCGUGUAAGCCUGUCAGUAGACAGGUAGAGGGAAGAAAUAUCACCAUCAUCAAUGCACCUCAUCUGUUUGACCCACAGCUCUCUCAGGAGGAACUGAGUCAGAGAAUAAGAGACUGUGUUUUACAUGAACGUGGGCCUCAUGUAUUUUUACUUGUGGUGCAGCCUCACGACUUUACAGAAGAGGACAGAAACCAACUGAGACGCAUCCUGAACAACUGUAGUGAUGAAGUGAUAAAAUCCUCCAUUGUGAUAACAGUAGACGACUAUGUCACAUGCCAGAAACAAGACCCAACAGAAGAGAGACAGGAAACAAUAACUGGGCAUGAAUUAGCAGAAGAUGUAUCAACUUGUGAAGAACAGAAAAAGCUUGAAAUGACAAAACCAGAGCAACUGAUGAUCAGAAUGAAGCUUUAUGAAAAGUACAAAGAAAAAAUGAAAACAUCAGAUGUUCUUCAAAUAACUUUAUUACAAGAGGAGCCUUAUAGAGAGGAGAACUUAGUGGAAACCUUUGUACAAAGAAUGCUAAUGAUGGACUACAGAGCAAGGUACAUUACAACUGAAGAAGACUCCAGCAGCUCUGAACACACUUACUUAAACACCGGAGAUAAAGAAGACAAUGAUGACUUUGAUGAUUUUUUUUUGACAAAGACAGAAUCUUUGGACAGUGAACCCCAUAAAUAUACUAUUCACCCCAUGGAUGUCCAGAUGGCCGUGUUCCACUGCUCUGAUCAUUUCCUAAAGCAGCUAAUAGUGACUAAACUAGAUCAGUGUCAGUACGCUCUGCCUCUGCUGGUGCCCAAUCCCUUCACCAGAGAGAUUGAGUUUCCUCUCUGGACUUUUCGCCAAAUCAGAAAGAGUUGGAAGAGUCACUCUGCUGCGGUCAGUGAGAACCAGGCCAUGUCUGAAGCUCAAACUCCAAUGGUGGCUUUCUUCAGACUCGGCUCUGUUUCUUCAUCCAAGUCUCAGCUGAUGAACAGCUUGAUCAAUGAAAAUCAUCACACAUUCUUCCACAGACACUGUCCAGGAAGCAUCAAGAACCGGCUCCUGAUGGAUGGAGUGGUGGAGAUCGCUUGGUUCUGUCCAUCAGGGAAGGAAACUGAUUAUUUCACUGACUGUGUGGCAUUCUGUAAUCUCCAUGGUGAUGCAGAAGCUAAUAAAGAGCAACUGGAAAUCCUGAUUGAAAUGUCCUCAGUGAAUGUUGUACUUUUCUCUAAUCAUGAAAAAGCAGCAUAUAAGGAGAUUAUACAGAAGCUCUUUAGAGACGCCAAACCACUGAUCUGUGUACUUUCUGAGGACAAAUCAUGUGCCACUAGAUCUAAGAGUGGAAAUUACAGAAUUGGUCUUAAAGACAGAAAUCAGUCAGAUGUAGCCAAGAAUCUCAGAACAACCAUCAAAGAGUGUCUUUCAAAGUCACCAUCAAUUUUUAUAACUGAAGAUCUGAACAAACCUGAAGUGAUUACAAAAGAUGAAGAUGACCCUGAAUGUCAGAAAGGGAAAAAAGCUGCAGAGAUGAUCAUGAGCAACUUAGAGGGAUAUGAUGGUUCUAAAUUAAAGGAAACAUUUCUGCCCUGUCAGGGGAAGUUAUGGCACGACUGGUGUCAGAUGAACAAAGACCUGCACAGACUUCAUGGGAACAACAUAGAAAUGCAGAAGUCUGAAAAACAAGAAAAAAUGAAGAAAACCCGUGAAGAUCAGCAUAAUUACAGACUCUCUGGUCUUAUUGUACAGUUCACCUCCUCACUGCACGUUCUAGGAGAAAAUGAAAGAUUAUUCUUUUUAAAAUGGGUUGGGAUUCUCCUGGACAAACACACCUCAGAUGAUCUUUCAGAACUUCAUGACCAGUACAAUGAAAAGUGGAAGGCAGUUUUAGACCUAAAGAAGAAACAUGACAAAUCAGAUCAAAUGAAGCUAGAACAAAAUGAGCUUGAGAAAAUUUCAGAAAAACUGAAUGCAGCAACUUUUGGUUUGGAACACAUCCUCAGAGAGAUGGGCCAAAUAUACGAGGCUUUUAUUUCUGUAAAACAAUCCAAUGAACAAUAUAAAGAAAAAACCUUCACCUCUCUCCCUAAGCUUGCAGCAGAAGUCCUGAAAUCUGGUCAUCCACUGGAGCUGAUGGAUGGAGAUGCUGCUCAUGUUCCUCUGAUCUGGGUUUCAGCAGUUCUAGAUGAACUUGUGAAGAUACUGGGGGAUCAGAAGGUGUUUGUGCUGUCAGUUAUGGGAAUUCAGCGCUCUGGGAAAUCCACCAUGCUGAAUGCCAUGUUUGGUCUCCAGUUUAGUGUCAGUGCUGGAAGGUGCACCAGAGGAGCCUUCAUGCAGCUGGUCAAAGUGUCAGAGGAGAUGAAGGAAGAGCUGAAGUUUGACUACAUUAUAGUUGUAGAUACUGAAGGACUUCGAGCACUUGAGCUUGCAGGAAAAUCCACUCGUCAUCAUGACAAUGAACUCGCCACAUUCGUUGUUGGUCUCGGAAACCUGACCUUAAUCAACAUCUUUGGAGAGAACCCUGCUGAGAUGCAGGACAUCCUUCAGAUUGUCGUUCAGGCCUUUCUGAGGAUGAGGAAGGUCCGACUGAAUCCCAGAUGCAUGUUUGUCCAUCAGAAUGUUGGAGACAUCACUGCUGGAGAGAAAAACAUGGAAGGAAGGAGACUCUUACAGGAAAAACUGGAUGAAAUGACCAAGCUAGCUGCUAAAGAAGAAGACUGUGAAGCUGAUUGUUUCAGUGAUGUUAUUGAAUUCAAUGUACAAGAUGAUGUGUAUUAUUUUGCAAAGCUCUGGGAGGGCAGCCCACCAAUGGCACCACCAAACCCAUCAUACAGCAGAAAUGUCCAGGAUCUAAAGAAAGACAUUUUCAAAAAAGCUACUCCGUCUGCUGGUAUCACUCUCUCACAGUUUAAAUCACGCAUUAGUGACCUUUGGAAUGCAUUACUCAGUGAGAACUUUGUGUUUAGCUUCAAAAACACACUGGAGAUAGCAGUGUACAGAAAACUGGAGAAUGAGUUUGGAAAAUGGACCUGGACCCUCAGAAGUGCCAUGUUAGCAAUUGAAGAAGAUCUUUAUAACAGAAUUGAAAAUGAAAAACUUGAAGAAAUUAAAGAACAGGAUCUUUAUUCUUCCAUGGAAAAGACCAAAGAGGAAGUGGACAACUCAAUGAAGAGUUGCUUUGAAGAGGACAAAGACAAAGACAUUUUAAUUCAGUGGAGAGUGAGAUGUGAAAUAAAAAUCAGAGAACUUUAUGAAGAUCUUGUCAGAAACACCAAACAAAAUGUGAAUGAAGUUAUACAACAUCAACAUGCACAAGAGACUUUUGAACUACAACGCACACAAAAAGAAUACGACACCAAACUGUUCAAUCGGAGCAAAGACCUCGCUCUGACACUGAAAAGUGAAAUUACAGAUGAACAAGUUCUUAAAAAAGCAUUUGACGAAUUGUGGGACAAAUGGGUCACUGAGGUGACACGAGACACACCUGCAGAGAGAACUUUUAAUUUUUGGGAAGAUGCUGUACAGAUUUUGUCUUUGGGUAAUGAUCAAGCUCCUGUGUAUAAACGAAGGUCUCUGUCAGACUACAGACAAAUAGACAAACUGGUAGACUAUUUACCUUAUGUUGCAAAUCUCAAAAGACAAAAGUUUACUCAUUACAUCCCUGGCAUGAAUGAACUCUCUUAUGAAGACAAUCACUUAGUACAAACUCUGGUUAGAAAUGUGAUCAAAGAGACCGAUGGAAAAAUCAAGACGACAUGCAAGAAAAUCACAAGACUCGGGUACAAAGACAGCUAUAUACAGGAAAUAACAGACCUUGUCAAGAAUAGAGUUGGAGAACAUCACAGUGAGAAACAGAGAAUUAAGCUCAAAAAGGAGUUCACUCUGGAUCUCUGCCUUCUUGUGUGUGAACUUAUGAUUAGCAGAUUUGCUGAGCACCAUAAACAAUUCAGGGAUGCAAAUGAUCCAAGAGUUUAUCUGUCCAAGAAGAAACCUCAGUAUUACAGCGUCUUUGGAAACUACUGCAAAGGAGCAACAACAACAAAAGUGUUUGGUGAACUGAUCUGCAGUAACCUGAGAGAAUCCAUCCUGCAAGCAGUUUACAAUAAAUCUGCCAUUGAUUUGGCAACACAGAUCAGAUACAACAUGUCAGAGUUUAAUGGCAACAGGUCAAAUCUUGAGAAACACAUCUUGAAAAGUCUUGUAGAAAAAGCAGACUUUAAGAAGUACAUGGAGUACAUUCAUAAUCCCCAAAAUCACUUCAAAAAUUUCAUUACAGAGAAGGUUAAUGAGUACAUUUCUGAGAACAACACAGUUCUGACCCUUUUUAAAGGAAAUCUAAAAGAGAAAGUGGCGACUGUAAGAAAUGCUGUUCACAUUGCAACUGAAGAGGUCAAGAACAGCUGUGGUGAUGCAGACAUGUGGCUGAGAAGUUUCACCAGUUUACUAACAGCUAAACUGAGCUUAAAAAAAAUAACCUUCACUGAUCACAAAGACAUUACAGACUUUGAUUUUCUACAGCAGCUUGUUAGUGAUGGUCUCACUGACAUGAUGUCAGAACUAGACAAAAGCUUUAAAGAUGUAAAAGACAUCAAAAUUGAGAAGUCCAGGAAUAAGCCAGAUGCGCUUCUGAUCGAACAUCUCUGUGAAUGUUGCUGGGUUCAGUGUCCAUUCUGUAAAGCCAUCUGCACCAACACAUUAGAGCAUCAUGAUGGAGAUCACAGUGUCCCCUUCCACAGGGUACAGGGUAUAAAUGGGUGGUUUUACAGUACAACAACUAAUCUCUGCUCUAUUUUCUGCACAACAUAUGUGCAAAGUAAUGCAGGUUUCUACCCACAUGGUAGUGAAGGGGUGCGUAUUCCUUACAAAUUAUACAGAACAGCAGGAGGAGUCUAUGCAACCUGGAGCAUCACCCCAGACAAUUCACAGCUCGCAUACUGGAAAUGGUUUGUGUGCAGAUUCCAGAAAGACCUGGAAAAGUACUAUGGUAAAACAUUUCAGGGUGAUGGUGAGAUCCCCAAAGAGUGGAGAGGCUUCACUAAAGAACAAGCUAUUGAGAGUUUGGAUCAAUAUAUCUGAUGAAAGACAACUCUGCUAAACAUAACCUAGAAUAAACAGCAACUUAAUUAUGAACCAGUUAUAUUACCUGUGUUAGUAACAGAAAUGACAAAAAAUAUAAUCAGUAAACAUUUAUUAGAUUCUAUUCUAUUAGAAUAAUCACUAUACACACACACACACACACACACACACACACACACACACACACAGUUUUACCUUUAUACACAGUCUUUUUUUCUCCUUCUUGACAUUUAAAAAUUAAUAAAGUUAUCAGUAGAAAUAUUAGUCCUACGUUGUGCUUGAUAAUCAGAUUUUUUUUGUUAAAAGAAUAAAAGAAUAUUAAAACAAA